AUGAGGAAAGAUUAUUGGUGGGCAGAUCUGGAUCAGGUCUUGGAGGAUGGGGAUGCUUGUGAAGUAAGUGUCAUUAAAAAAUAAUCAUUGGCAAAUGUUUGAAGGCGUUCAUGCAAUGGAUCCAGAACGAGAGCAAUGCCCUUCCGUUUAAUCUUCACUUCUCGAUUGUCGCCUUCAAAAAAAUGUUUGAAGUGAGGGAUUCAGAUGCGCGAAAAUUGGCAGAAGAAAUACAUGAGGAAUAUCUGAGUGAUAAUAACAAGCUCUGCAUCUUCAAUGAUCGACGAAUAAGUGACAGAAUACAGCAGAGAUUGCAAGACAAAAACUUUCCUAUCGAUAAAUCUCUGUUCGAUGAAUGCAUCCCUUAUGUGAGAAAGUUCCUCCAGGCCCAAUUACAAUCCUUCCAUCAGUCCCAGGAGUUUCUGGACUUGUGGAAUUCCGUGGAACGUUCCACAGGGCAUAUUCAACGCCCAUCCACUUCUUCCGUCGACGCAACACAUUCAUCUUUUGAUUCAAAAUAUAAAACAAACACACAUCGACGUGAGACCAAGCUGACAUCGCGAACAUUACUCCGAACUCAGCAUGAUCGAGAUUUGGUUCUGGGUCAGAGGUAACAGCUAUUUCUGUAAAUCAGCCUUUUUUCAGUCAUGUUGAGCGUCUCUUUGGGAUUCAUUCGACGACCCUGAAACAUCCUUAUGUGUGUAACGCCACAACAAGCAAGAAUGAUUCUACAGUAUCUUCCAACUUGUCUAAUGAACGGAAAAAGGCUUACAAUAAGGAACAUCCUUUAGUGCCCAACGAUACUGUAAGUCCAUCAAGAAUACAGUAUCAAAUAAUUUUUUUUGUAUAAUAAUUGAAAUAAAAAAAUUUUAGCGUAGUUUUAACGGCCCUCAACCCGCCUUCCGCCAUGACACAGACGAUGGACGAAGAGUAUUUGCCGACUUGCUCAUCAAAAAACUUACAAUAUUGGAUGGAAAGCAGAAUCGAACAGAGAAAAUGAAUGAGAAAAUCAAGGAGAUCGACAAGAGGAACAAUUUCUCGGCCCGGGACGCCGUCAUCUUCGUCGGAAAGUCUGAUUCGGCUUAUGAUUUCGCUGAUGAUGACGACGAUCUGGACUCCUAUGUGAAGAGAAGAAUGAUGGAUUCCAACAAACCUUCUCCGACACGACAAUCCCCAUUGAAUGGGUCAUUCAAGAACAGGCGCCGCUCUCCAAGUAAGUUCUACCUUUUAUGUAUAUGUGCACGACUAACGGAAGGAAAUACUAAUAUUUUUUAUAGGAUCUUGCUCUCCCGAUCGCCCUAAGAAGGAAGUCUUCGAUCCAAUGAGUUGGUCGAUGUCGGGAGUGUCCCAUAAUAUGUCGAGCAAUUCUUGUAAAAGCAAGAAGCCAUCCAGAUAUGAAUAUGAUGACGAUACUUCCGGAAUCGGAUCCAUGGCCACCACCUACUUGUCCAACGCUUCUUUACCCAUUAAGAAGAAGCAUCGAGCAAUGGUGUUCCAAAAGGCCAGAGAAAUGUCGAGCAAGAAUCAGUGCUUAGAGUAAGCAGGCAAUUCUUUCCCACCAUUCUUUUCAGCUCCCAUAACAUCCCGACCAAACUCAGCCUAAAGGGUUCUGACGGAGUUCCUAUUGUCGCGCAUGUCCCAAAAUCAAAGAUCACGUUGAAAGAGUUCAGGAAAUACAUGUCCAUCUCCUCUAAAGCGAAGAAAAGGCAAGUUGUUUGAGUCCUAAUUAAAGUAUUGCUUCAGACUUUAUUUCAAAUCACAUGCUGAAGAUCCGAAUGCGCCAUACGAAUUGCUGCUGGUGGAAGACGAUGCUUCGUUUGUUCCCGUCUUCGAAGGUUGCGUGGCGGCCGAAUGCCGAAGUUUUUCGGAUUCGGAUUAG